AUGACCUGAGCCCAAGGCAGACGUUUAACCCGACUGAGCCACCCAGGCGUCCCUUUAUUAUUUUUCCUUAAACUAAGUGUGUUUGAUAUACUGAGGCCGUAUUGGCGGCACUCUUUUACCACCACCCAGUCUCUGUUUCUCCUUUUCUAUUAGCCUCUUGUUCCCUCUGCUUUAGUUCUCUUCUCACAUGCCUUUACUUUGAGGCUCAUUUGACCUGUGUUGGAAUCACUGAGGACUGCUGAAGUUUCCAGAUAGCUUUAUGAAUUUAUGUAUUAUAGUUUUUGAUGUUAUAUGCUGAAUAUAAAAUCAGAUAACUUGCUGGAAAGAUUAAAAUACUGAUUAAUAAAUAUUUUCAGGGGCUUUGACAGUUUUGUGUAUUUCUUGAUUUUUUUUUCCUUUUUCUUUUUGGUCUUUAAAAUUUUUUUUCUCUCCAUUUUGGGUAUUAUGAUGUGAAUAGAUUUCAGAUGAUUAGACCUGUCCACAGGAAGUGAGCUGGCAAGGCUGCGUUUCUGUGCUAAAACCGAGGAGCUGAUUGGCACCAUGAAAGUCUUCUGCGGGCGGGCCAAUCCGACCACUGGAUCUGUGGAGUGGCUGGAGGAGGAUGAGCACUAUGAUUACCACCAAGAGAUUGCAAGAUCAUCCUAUGCUGAUAUGCUGCAUGACAAAGACAGAAAUAUAAAAUACUACCAAGGUAUCCGGGCUGCUGUGAGCAGGGUGAAGGACAGAGGACAGAAGGCCUUGGUUCUUGACAUUGGCACUGGCACAGGACUCUUGUCAAUGAUGGCGGUCACGGCAGGGGCUGACUUCUGCUAUGCCAUUGAGGUUUUCAAGCCCAUGGCUGAUGCUGCUGUGCAGAUUGUGGAGAAAAAUGGCUUCACUGAUAAAAUUAAGAUUAUCAACAAGCAUUCCACUGAGGUGACCAUAGGGCCAGAUGGUGACAUGCCAUGCCGUGCCAAUAUCCUGAUCACGGAGCUGUUUGACACGGAAUUGAUCGGAGAGGGAGCGCUGCCAUCCUAUGAGCACGCGCACAGACAUCUUGUGCAGGAAAACUGUGAAGCAGUACCUCACAGAGCAACCGUCUAUGCACAGGUGGUGGAGUCCCGGAGGAUGUGGUCGUGGAAUAAGCUCUUUCCUGUCCGCAUUCAGACCAGCCGUGGAGAGCAGGUCAUCGUCCCCCCCUUGGAACUGGAGAGGUGCCCUGGUGCCCCCUCUGUCUAUGACAUUCAGCUGAACCAGGUGUCGCCCACUGACUUCAGUGCCCUCAGUGAUGUGAUGCCUAUGUUCAGUGUGGACUUUAGCAAGCAAGUCAGUAGCUCAGCAGCCUGCCACAGCCGGCAGUUUGAACCUCUGGCAUCUGGCCGAGCUCAGGUGGUUCUCUCCUGGUGGGACAUUGAAAUGGACCCUGAGGGGAAGAUCAAGUGCACCAUGGCCCCCUUCUGGGCACACUCAGACCCAGAGGAGCUCCAGUGGCGGGACCACUGGAUGCAGUGUGUGUACUUCCUGCCACAAGAAGAGCCCGUUGUCCAAGGCUCAAGCCUCUGCCUGGUAGCCCACCACGACGACUAUUGUGUAUGGUACAGCCUCCAGAAGACCAGCCCCGAAAAAAACGGGAGAGUCUACCCAGCACGCCCUGUGUGCAACUGCCAAGCUCACCUGCUCUGGAACCGGCCUCGGUUUGGAGAGAUCAAUGAUCAGGACAGAACUGACCAAUACGUCCAGGCCCUGAGGACGGUGCUGAAGCCGGCCAGCGUGUGCCUGUGUGUCAGUGACGGCAGUCUGCUCUCCUUGCUGGCCCAUCACCUUGGGGCAGAGCAGGUAUUUACAGUAGAGAACUCAGCAGCUUCGCACAGACUGAUGAGAAAAAUUUUCAAGGCUAACCACUUGGAAGAUAAAAUUAACAUAAUAGAGAAACGGCCUGAAUUGGUAACGUCUGCAGACUUGAAGGGUAAAAAGGUCUCUCUCCUGCUGGGGGAGCCGUUCUUCACCACCAGCCUGCUGCCGUGGCACAACCUCUAUUUCUGGUAUGUGCGGACCGCUGUGGACCAGCAGCUGGGGCCCGGUGCUGUGGUGAUGCCCCAGGCUGCCUCGCUGCACGCUGUGGUCGUGGAGUUCAGGGACCUGUGGCGGAUCCGGAGUCCCUGUGGUGACUGCGAAGGCUUUGAUGUGCACAUCAUGGAUGACAUGAUUAAGCGUGCCCUGGACUUCAGGGAGAGCAAGGAGGCCGAGCCCCACCCGCUGUGGGAGUACCCAUGUCGCCGCUUGUCCAAGCCCCAGCAGAUCCUGACCUUUGAUUUUCGGCACCCGGUCCCCCUGCACCCAGUCCGUGCUGAGGGCUCCAUCGAGCUGAGGAGGCUUGGGAGGAGCCAUGGGGCCGUCCUGUGGAUGGAAUACCACCUGACGCCGGACAGCACGGUCAGCACCGGCCUCCUGGAGUCUGCAGAGGACAAGGAGGACUGUUGCUGGAACCCGCACUGCAAGCAGGCUGUGUACUUCUUCACCAGCCUGGACUGCAGAGCCCCGCAGGACAGCCCUCGGACCGUCAGCUACACGGUGGAGUUCCACCCCCGCACUGGGGACGUCACCAUGGAUUUCACGCUGUCAGACACCCCGGAGGACGGGUGCUGACCCUCACUUGUUGCGAAAUAAAGUGGCCCGAGGGCUCUGGGCUCUGAAUGGCGU